AUGAGCCAGCCUCGGUCUGGAUGCAACACCUGGUUGGAAGACCUGAUCAACUCCACCACAUUAUCCAAUGAAGAUCAUCCCAUGGACUCAGCAGAUGGCUCGGACGUUGAACCCUUUCAAGGACUCAGUAACGAUUUCUAUGACUUUGGUGAUUUUGGCGCUGAAGGAGAGGAUGUGUUGAGAACUUCUUUCCCAAUCCCCCUCUGGCCUAUCAGGACGGCUAUAUAUUCUUGGGCCUGUUUGACUCCGACGAAAAUAGCAUACAUCGAAAAACAAACCUUUACUAUCCUUUUAGCAGUCGGAGAGAUUGGCAGCUUGCAGCAUGGCUGCUACUGUUCAGGCCUGAGUGUGGGGAAGAUUGAUUCUUUUUUAUCGCUCGAAAUGAUCAAGGAUUUACCCUUAUCAUUCCAUUCAGCCAAGGAAUUACGGGGUCGAGCAGAGAUGCUGCCCAGCGGUCCACAGUUGGCUGUCUCGAGUAAUUCCAACGUCUCACCCUACAAAUUAUUCCACAACUAUAUCAACCUCACACCUUGCAGGGUGUACACCACCAAGGAGAAGAAGUGUCGCGUAUUUACCGAAUGGAUGACAGGAAAUGACGCAUGGGACAUGCAGUCAGCAAUCCCUAGUGGUGUGACUCUCCUUUGCACCAUUCUUUCUUCCGACAAGACGAAUAUCACUUCAUUAACAGGGGAUCGUGUGGCUCAUCCGCUCCUGAUUAGCCUCACAAAUAUUCAUAUGAAAAUACGACUGAAAUCAUCAUCCAAUGCUUUUGUUCUCACAGCCCUACUACCCGUCCCAAAGUUCAUCCAUAAGAAGAAGAGAAUGAGGGGCGUGUUGGAGGAUCGCCUCAUGCACCAAUGCCUUGACAUCGUUCUUGAACCUUUAAAGCAAGCUGCUCAAUUGGGCAUCAUGUUAUCGGAUCCCAUUCGGACAUACAAUGAUGCUGGUGUCUGUUGGUGGAACAACAUCGCCUGUGACUAUGGCGAUCUUGCUGUUGCAAAGUCACGCGCCAAUCCCAAUGAUGUUGAGGUGUUCUUCCAUGAAGCACAGAACGGAACCCUCCCAUUUUUCACGCCGGAAUCACUCCACCUUAUUCACAAGCAAUUCUAUGACCAUGACACGAAAUGGCUCAUUUGCACUGUUGGAGAGUCUGAGAUAGACUUCCGUUUUUCUGUCUUACAGCCAAUGACUGGCUAUCGGCACUUUCGCGGAGGCAUCUCAAAGCUGAAACAAGUCACUGGGCGCUGUCAACGGGACAUUGAACGAUAUAUCAUUGCCGUCAGUGCAGAUGGACGCGUUGAUGAGGAGGAUCUGAAGCAUAUCUCAAGCACAUUAGCUGAGUUCCACGCCAAAAAGGAUGCAAUCAUUGCUGCUGGGGCUCGCUGGGGGAGUGUCAAUAGAGUUAUCAACAACUGGUAUAUACCCAAGCUGGAACUGAUGCAAAGCAUCAUUGCCAGCAUUCACAACUCUGGCGUCAUAGGACAAUGGUCUGCUGACAUUACUGAACAUGCUCAUAUCACUGAGAUUGUGAGGAGAGUGCUAGGGAAGCUUGAAGAUUCAGAUCCUGAUGAUGAAGAUAUCAAUGUCAACGAUGCUGAAGAUAUUCUCAUCAGCGCAACACAAUCAUGCCCAAUCACGAACUAUUUUGAAAUUUCUAAGCUGCUCCAGCGCCGAGAAUUGGGUUCAGUGCCUUUACCACUUCGCUCAUUCGUCAUCAAGCGCACUGCCCUUCAUCUUGCGUAUGAUCCCUCCAUUCAGAACAUUACUGUUGAUGAAGCUGCCAUUAAAUUUGCCCUACCGGAUUUACGACCAGCCAUUGCUGAUUUCCUCCAAUGGGAGGCAACUUAUGGACAUGCACAUGUUCAUGCGAUAGGUGGUCCUAGAAGGGCUGGGCCUACCGCUAUCCUUCCAUUUGACAAAAUUCAAGUCUGGUUCAAAAUUCAUGUGCAAGAGAUGGAGCUAUAUGAUGCUCACGCUGUUAGAUCAGCUCAGACGCUGAAUUGUGCACCACCCAGCAACCCCUGGACCCUAGGCCGCUAUGAUACAAGCAUCGUCGAGACUGAUGCAAGCCACACAUGGCCUAACAGUGGUCUUUCUGGUGCAAUCUCUGUUUUGAUUUGUGAUAAAUGCCUUACCUCAAACCUCCCGUUUUCCACAGAUCACACAGUCGCCCAGAUUAGACUUAUCAUGCGACCUAUUGCAAACUCCUCACGCCCACUUCGUGGUGAAGAAAUCGUGCGAAAACCAGACCUUACCUUACUCGAUGAUUUGGAGGCUAGGUGGGACACCAUCAAAGCAGUGUGCGAGCUGACUGCGAGUCCAUACCUACCCUCCCAGACCCUCUCAAAAACUCUCGACAGCAAAGCCUACCUUCUUUUGAAGCAUCAACCCUGGAGACGCUUCGCUUUAUUUAUCUCUCUCUGCAAUGGGUACCGCGAUCUUCGCGUCCACUUGUAUGACUACUCCGGCAGUGUCGUGAGUCCGUGCACUAAUAUCGCCAAGGAGCCUGAUAAGUAUUUGCACAUUUUUUCAUGCAUUGUCUUCGGGAAUCUUGAAUGCAUCAUAUUCGACCCUACCAUUAGCAUAUUAAAACACACCCUUCACCGCACACUCGAACUCUCUGGCUCCCGCCCUACCAAGAACCUACCUUCCAAGAGAUGGGAUCUCAUCGAGAGUGCACAGAUAGAGGAGGUUGUUGAGAGUUCCCAACUCAAGGAGAACGAGCUCUCCCUCCCUCCUGCUGUCGCAGAGGACAUGGUGCCCACCCCCACAGCUGGUGACCCUCCGAUGUGCCCCCCUGUAAUAGAAGUCCCCGAAGAUCCUCUCAACCCUGAGCCAGUUCUAGAGCCGAUCGGCAAAAUACAUGUCGAUAAGAACACAUACGACAUCUUUGAAAUCAUCUUCUCUACCCAAGGCCUCGUUGGUCGCAGCAGUGUGUGCUACUUGGCCAGGAAGGACAACGAGGAGUAUAUCAUAAAAGACCAUUGGGUUCUCGGGGGCAAAAAAGCAGUGCUGAAUGAGAUCAAUAUGAUGAAGAAGAUGGAGGGCGUCCGUGGAGUUCCUCAACUUAUUGAGUAUUGGCUCAUCGAAGUUGCACCCAGCGAGGUCGAGGACACGCGAGCGUAUUGUUACAAAUUUCCAUAUAGCAUACAGCACACCUUCCAUACUCAUGUUCGGCUGGUCUUGAAGCCCCAUGCGCAACCAUUGCAUAAAUUCCGCUCGAAGGUCGAGUUCUUAAGCGCAAUAUGGGAUAUCGUGAAUAUCCAGAGGCAAGUGGUGGAAAAGUGCAAGGUUCUCCACCGUGAUGCUAGUCUGAACAAUGCGAUGAUUGAGGAUGAUGGUGAUGGCUCCCACGGAAUGCUGGUAGACUGGGAGUUCGCGGUUGAUAUUGUAGAAGGCGAGCAAUAUGUUGUCGGUGGUACUGGCACAUUACCAGUUCAUGUCGUGGUCGCUCCUUUUUAA